GCUGGGGGCGGGGCUGAGAGUCGCGGGCCGAUGACGCGCAGGCGGAGCCGCUACUUCCUGGAUCCGCCGGCCGGGGCCGCUACCGCACCCUGCGCCGGAGCCGGGAGCCUGGGGCCGCCGCCAUGUCCCACCAGACCGGCAUCCAAGCAAGCGAAGAUGUCAAAGAGAUCUUUGCCCGAGCCAGAAACGGGAAAUACAGACUUCUGAAAAUAUCUAUCGAAAAUGAGCAACUGGUGGUUGGGUCCUGUAGUCCACCUUCAGACUCCUGGGAACAGGAUUAUGACUCCUUUGUCUUGCCCCUGCUGGAGGACAAGCAGCCGUGCUAUGUGUUAUUCAGGUUAGACUCUCAGAAUGCCCAGGGAUAUGAAUGGAUAUUCAUUGCAUGGUCUCCAGAUCAUUCUCAUGUACGUCAGAAAAUGCUGUAUGCGGCAACAAGAGCGACUCUGAAGAAAGAAUUUGGAGGUGGCCACAUUAAAGAUGAAGUGUUUGGAACAGUAAAGGAGGACGUAUCAUUACAUGGAUAUAAAAAGUACUUGCUGUCCCAGUCUUCCCCUGCCCCGCUGACUGCCGCUGAGGAAGAAUUACGGCAGAUUAAAAUCAAUGAGGUCCAAACUGAUGUGAGUGUGGACACAAAGCACCAGACACUACAAGGCGUAGCAUUUCCUAUUUCUCGAGAUGCCUUCCAGGCUUUGGAGAAGCUGAGUAAGAAGCAGCUCAACUAUGUGCAGUUGGAAAUAGAUAUAAAAAAUGAAACAAUAAUUUUGGCCAACACAGAAAAUACAGAACUAAGAGAUUUGCCAAAGAGGAUUCCCAAGGAUUCCGCGCGCUACCAUUUCUUUCUGUACAAGCAUUCCCACGAAGGAGACUACUUAGAGUCCGUAGUUUUUAUUUAUUCGAUGCCUGGAUACACGUGCAGCAUAAGAGAGCGGAUGCUGUAUUCCAGCUGCAAGAGCCCUCUGCUCGAGAUUGUAGAGCGACAGCUACAGAUGGAUGUGAUCAGAAAGAUUGAGAUAGACAAUGGGGAUGAGCUGACUGCGGAUUUCCUGUACGAUGAAGUCCACCCCAAGCAGCAUGCACAUAAGCAGAGUUUUGCUAAACCGAAAGGUCCUGCGGGAAAGAGGGGGAUCCGAAGAUUGAUUAGGGGCCCAGCGGAAGCAGAAGCCACUACUGACUAAAACUGUCUUAUUAAAUGUUGCAAUAUAGUUUUGUAAAAUUUCCAGCUUUUAGUACAAGGAGAACUGAAAUCAUUCCAUGUUGAUAUAGUUGGGAGGAAAAUUGUACUUUUUGAAAAAUAGCACUUUUCACUUCUAUGUAUUUUUUAAAUUAAUGCUAUAGAAGACUCAUGAUUUUUAUUUUUUAGUUAAAACUAGACAAGGUUUCGACAUAGUGAUGUUUGGUUUUGUCACACUGUUUUCAUAACGUGUUGAUUCCACACUUUCACAUAACCUUCAAUAUUUUCCAUAGGUGGGCCAGUUCCACCAAGCAUAAGGCCUUGCUCUUUAGAACUCUGUAGUGAGGUCUAAUUUUCCCUAUAAAGGGAAGCGAAGGACCCUGAGAUACUCACACCUGUUGAGUACGUCAAGGAGCCUGGGAGGAGGCGGGCAGCUGCUUGCUUUGAGCAUGCUCAGGAGGGGCUGUCUGCCUCGGUGGAGAAAGGCAAACUGCAGCAGGGCUUCCUGUCCCACCUCUCCAUUGUAGUAGCAUCAGAUCUCAGAAACGCAGUUCACACUGAAGCUCGAAAGGUACCAGACAGUGCAGGCUUUCCCCCCGGCACUGGAAGACUGGCGUCCAGUAAGGUCUUUGCAGAGCUUUCAAGCUGUCUAUUUCCAAAGUGAGUCCAAAGGGGCUGAAGUCAGACGUGUUCAUGUUCGAAAGCCAAGAAUCACUCAAAAAGAAACAAAACUAAAGAAAAAUGUUGGAAGUUUCAAGGGUUUUUUUUUUUUUGGUUUUGUGUUUUGGUUUGGUUUUUGUUUUUCUCUUUGAAACCAUGUAUCUUAAAGCAAAUUGUCUGGUUUUUUGUUUUUCUCUUUGAAACCAUGUAUCUUAAAGCAAAUUGUCCUGUUGCUUGGGAGCAAGUGUUCAGAUCUAAAAUUAUUGAUUUCUACUACUUAGUAGGCUGACACAGAUAAUACUUAGCCCAGGGCUCUUGUUUCAGUGAAUAAUGUCUCUCAGAACACGGGUUGUCUGAAGCUUUGUGUUUUCAGUUACAGCCUAGAGAGUUUAGAGCCUCAAGAGUUCUUUGUUACUUGAAAUAGAGGGAGUUAGAACACUUGGUGAUUUAAUCUGCUAAACCUGCUGCAGAGCCAUAACUGAGAAGUUCUGAAGUGGACCAUCAUGUCCAGGAUCUGGAAGUCCUUGACCUGAACUUCAUGCUGCACAAGAUAAUGUCAGUAAUGUACAUUUCAUGGUAUGAAAUAUGAAGCACCCAUUGCAGAGCCUUAUUACCUAAUACACCUUUCAGAAAUUCAGCGUGUAUUCACAUAGACCAUAAGAGGAAUUGCAGGCUGAUGGAAAUUUUUAAAAAUAGAUUUGAGUAUUGUGUGUUUUGUUUGUUUACAAAUACGUAGACUUUACUACUUACAUAUGCAGGACAGUCGACAGUGACGUCACACUUGUUUACGAGAGGUAAACUUUUUAGUUGUACGUGUGUACAGUUGUCACACGUGCCAUAGAGUGCUGCACUGAGAGUCCUGGAGCCGUGUCUAGACCAUCACCACAGCUGCCAUUUCAAGCAGAGGGAGUACUACGUGUCCUGGAUCCAGAACCAGUGGGGACUGUUCUGAGGCCUCGCGUGCAAUUAUGCUCUGAAGCCUAUUACACUACAUCACAGUCAAUGCACAUUCCAGAGUAUAGAUGUGAUCCUGUAACCCUACUAAUGAGUAAACCAAUGAUUGCUGAGAAUCAUGUAUGCAUUUGUUUUAGGGUAUAACUCAUUGUUUACACUAUGUUUUAGGUGACAAUAGAUGUGAAUAACAUCCCCAAUAAAUUUAUAUAGCAGUGAAAAAUUA